CUGACGGUUGAUUACCAUUUUGCAAUGAAUGGAAAAUCUUUUUCAGUCAUUCAGGAACACUUUCAGGACCUGCUUCCAAAGCUGGUGUUACAUGGUACGGUGUUUGCCAGGAUGGCCCCUGAUCAGAAGACACAGUUGGUGGAGGAACUGCAGAACGUUGAUUACUAUGUGGGCAUGUGUGGAGAUGGCGCAAAUGACUGUGGAGCACUAAAAAGAGCCCAUGGCGGUAUCUCACUAUCCGAGUUAGAAGCAUCUGUAGCAUCACCCUUCACAUCCCGGACGUCCAGCAUUGCAUGUGUGCCAAACUUAAUACGG